GGUCUUUCCGUUGCAAAGUGAUAGUGAGUGAGGAAGUAGUUGAGCAACCAUGAAGAGUUUUAUUGUGAUACUGGCAAUUUUUGCCACAAUUCACCAAAUUUCAGCACAGGAUAAUCCUCUACUGGACGCUCUUGAACGUGUUACGGUACUCUACAAUGAAUUUGCAGAUUACAACAAUGUCUCAAGAUAUUUGAUGGGAUCCAACGUAGAACACGUUUCAAGACUGACAAUGGAAGCGAUUCUGGAUGAAAUCGGUACGUGGAAUAUUAAACUUAAGGGAAAGUGUCCAACAACUUUCAACUCAGAGGCCCAAGGAGCAGUUGUGGAAGCCUGUUCCAAUACAAUCGUCCAAGAACUAUCCGUAAUUCAGGACAAUAUGUUUGAUAUCCUCGAGGAACUGAGUGUUGAGGCAAAUGCAAUUUCUACCAGUGUUGUGCAGGAAUUGGGUGAAUUCAACAUCAUUACAGGAUAUGAAGACUUUGAUAGUCAAUUCGAUCCCAUUCUGGCUGACUUCCGUAGCAGAUUGGAUGGUUAUGCUCUUCGAGUUGGAGAAGUUGUUGCCGAAUUGGCUGCAGCUCUUCAUGAUUUCCCCGAAAGAACUCGCGAAUGCAUCAACGCGGGCUUCGUAAAGCUUCACAAGGCAUGUUAAUUAUUUCUUUCACUUUGUGAUCAUUACUAUUGUGGUAUAGCUCAAUAAAUCUAAUUAUAAUCCAUUAA